UGGAGUCUGGUCCAGAGGGGAGGUCUCUCCACCGUACAGGCAGAGGGCAGAUUAAAGGGCACCUUGGCAGCUGAUAAAAACGAGAUUUUGUUCUCGGAGUUCGACAUAAACUACAAUAAUGAACCCCUCGUUCACAGAAAAGGCACGGCCCUCGUGUGGGAAAAGGCGGAUGAGACCACCACCAAGCAGGUCCGGGUCCUGAACGAGGAGAAGGAGGUGACGGUGACCAAGAGCCGCAAAAGAGUGUCCGCGCACCACUGUGACCUCAUCGGGGAGCCGUUCUGGAAGGAGCACCCCGACAUCCUGGAGAGCGAUGGCGGCCCGUUAAGCACGCCCAAAUAAAGCGGUUUCGGCUGCUAGGCAACAGGGCCGGGCUCCGGGAGAUGCUGGGGUCACAUGGGUGCAGACGUUGCUCUCUGAAAUCCCCACUGGACGAGUAUGUGUUUACAUCCCGCGAGGAUUACAGCCGACUGCGCGGUUUAGCGACUUGCAGAGUAAGAAGCGAGAUGGACCCGCUCGAGAAACUUUCCGUGUCUUGGACUCGUAUGAAAACUGCAUUCCCUUAUUGCUGACAAAUUCCACCUCGGUGGCAAUUUUACCAUUGCAUCUUUAAUAAAAAUGUCAGAAUUUCAA